AUGGUCCGCUUGAUCAGCCAGAACAGCAGUUGGUUGCUGCAAGCAUCUGCUGAGAUCAGGUCUGACAAAGAAAUCGUCCUCAUGGCUGUUCGGCGUGAUCCGUUCAUCUUGCGAUGCGUCGGGGCAGAAUUGCGGGAUGACUAUGAUGUGGUUCUGGCCGCGAUGAGAAAACACCGCGACGCUUUUCGGUACGCUGGUCCGUCACUGAGGGACCAGGAGGAAGAUUUGGUCCGCAUGUGUGACGCGAAAGUCAUCCUGUCCCUGCAUGCAUGCGCUUCCACUGAAGCCCUGACGACGGUGAAGGCAACCACCAUGGGUGGCUCAGAAGUCGUUUCCGUGUCUCUGGCGCCGCGUGAUUCCGCCUCCGCCCUCGUUCUGGCCCUGCAGAGCGACCUGCCGCCCUGCAGCCAGGCCGCAGACUUCGUGCUGCCCAGCGGCAGACUCCUGAGCGACGUGCUGGACACGGCCACCGUGGCGGAGGCCCUGGGCGCCUGA